AUGAAUGAUGGUAGAGAUCAUAAAAACCAUAAAACCAUCAAUGUAAUAACGAUAUUAUUAAUUGGAGUUACAGGAGGUGGAAAAUCAACUUUAGCAAAUUUAAUCAUUGGCUCUGAAGAUUACGGUUUGACACCGUGGGAAUUGGAGACUAGAAUGUCACCAAAAGGCGUACUAACUAAAUUAGCCAUCGCUGCUGAAGUUAUUAAAUACGAGAUUAAUCAGAUUUUAUUUGUUAGUAAUGGAAGAUUUACCGAUAUAGAAAUAGAUGCGUUUGAAACGUUAGAAUCAGUUGUUUUUGAUAAGAGUAUUUUUGAGUAUACUACUAUUGUUAGGACGAAUUUUCCUGAUUUCAAAGAUGAUGCUGAAUGUGAAAAAGAUUAUCAAGCUAUGAUUUCUAAAAAUGAUAAACUUUCUCUAUUUGUUAAAUCAUGCAAAAAUGUUAUUCAUAUAGAUAAUCCACCAAUAACACAUCGCACUAGACAAGUUGCAGAAGGUAUCAAAGAAGAAUCAAGGAAAAAUUAUUAA